CUUUAGUUAAUUCUUUCAAAAAUGGAAUCCUCCACACACUCUAUUCAAGACAUGGAGUCUGAAAUCUUCACAAAAAUUUGUGAAAAUAAUAGGUAUAUCUUGUACAUCCUUGGUUCAACUGCUACAGGCAAAUAGCAAGCUUGCCCUUACACUUGCUGAAGAGAUAGGAGGGGCAAUAGUCAACUGCGACUCAAUGCAACUAUACAAAGGAGGAGGAAUAAUGACAGCUAAGCCAUCUCCUGAAGAGCAGAGCAUAGUACCGCAUUAUCUCUAUGGCUAUCUCGAGACAGAUAUCAGAGAUUACAAUGUGAACCAGUGGUAUUCGAAAGCUCUAGAAGCAAUCCUCGAAAUUGUAAAUUGAGGAAAAGUUCCUAUAAUCUGUGGAGGAACCUUCUAUUAUGCACAAAAAUUACUCUACGAUACCUAUAUUGAGGAUCUACAAAGAGAAGAAGCUGACCCCUCUCAAAUUCAGCAGGCUGUAGAAUCCUUAGAGGUUGAUUUCAAACAAAAAGUCCUCGAAUUGCACGAAUAUUUGCUAAAUGAGUACUGGGAAUCUCUUCCAGAAGACCACGAGACUUACCAUUAUAAAGAAGAGGGACUUUUUAACGACGAAAUAUGCUAUGAAUUGCUUAAAAUUAUUGAUAAAGAGUCAAGCGACUUCUACAAGCUCCAGGAUCACAGAAGAGUUUGUAACGCUCUCAGGAAAUUUUAUCUCAAUAGAGGGAAAGUCCUCACAAGUGAUUACAUCAAAUACCAGAAAAUCAAGCUCCGAUUUCCCAGUGUCGUCAUCAAACUCAAAGUCGAGCCAGAUCUUCUACUCGAAAGAGUGGCUUCGAGAGCCAAAAAUAUGUUAUACCAAGUAAUCUCUAUAGAUGGCCAACAUUCUAGUGGCCUCUCAGAGAUACUUGAAGUGUUCACUGAUUAUGAAGAAAGGAAACUAACUGAAGAGGACUUCAAAUAAGGGUAUUCUUCAGUCAAUUGGUUAUAAAGAAUUUUACCCACUUUAUAAUCUCUUAUCAACAGAAGAAAAAAAGCACUACGUACAGAGUAUAAGAGACCUCUCAACCUCAUCUGGAAUAGGUAAGCCUUGCCGUAACCCAUUAGACUCCCUCAGAGAGCAACUUGAAUCAGAUAAUGCCAUUAAGAAAUGCAUUGAUGAAUGAAUUGAGAAAUUAAUCAUAAAAACCAAGAACUACGCGAAGUACCAGAACAAGAUGUUGAAAAAACUUAGAGCAUGCAUUUUCUAUGAAUACUUAAGAACAAAGUCAAAUACAGAAAACAUGAUUUCAGAUUGAACUGAGUUCAUACGAACCAUCAACACCCAGCUGGAAGAUGCUCAGAGUACAGAUAUGCUGUACGAGCCGAUCAAGUUCAACACAAAGCCAACUCCGCUCCCAGAGCCGCCAGCUUAGUAGUAGUUUUCAACAAAAUUUAG